CACAUCUCUACCAAGCAUUUCUUCCUCAUCCCCUCAACAAUGGCUUCCUCCAUCCAGUGCUCUCUUCUCUUCUCCCUCCUCCUCUUCUUUGCCGCCGCCGUCGCUCCCUCUUUCCAGCAGCCCUUUCACCCCGUGGCCCUCGUGCUCCCGGUCUCGAAAGAUGCUUCGACCCUCCAGUACGUAACCCGGAUUUCGCAAAGGACCCCUCUCAUCCCCGUCGACCUCGUCGUCGACCUCGGCGGCCAGUUCCUCUGGGUCGACUGCGAGCAGAACUACGUCUCCUCGACGUACCGCCCUGCCCGUUGUGGCUCGGCCGCGUGCACCCUGGCCCGCGCCAGCGGGUGUGGCGACUGCUUCUCCGCCGCCAGGCCCGGCUGCAACAACAACACGUGCGUCGUCACCCCGGAUAACACAGUCACGCACACCGCCACGGGCGGUGAGGUCGCGACCGAUGUCGUGUCAGUAAACUCCACCGAUGGGUCCAACCCGGGCGGGGCUUACGAUGUUACCCAGUUCGUCUUUGCCUGCGCCCCGAGCUUUCUCUUGGAUGGCCUCGCUAGCGGCGUCCAAGGAAUGGCUGGCCUAGGAAGGACCAGGAUCGCGCUGCCCUCGCAGUUUGCCUCUGCCUUCACCUUCAGCCGGAAAUUCGCCAUCUGCCUCUCGUCGUCGGCCACGGCCAACGGUGUGAUCUUCUUUGGCGACAGCUCCUACAAUUUCCUCCCAAACAUCAACGCUUCGCAAUCCCUCGCGUACACGCCGCUAUACGUCAAUCCCGUGAGCACGGCCUCGGCGUACUCUCAGGGCGAGCCCUCGUCCGAGUACUUCAUCAAAGUGACCUCCAUCACGGUCGGCGACAAAAAUCUAUCCCUAAACUCCACCCUCCUCUCGAUCGACAGCGAUGGCUAUGGCGGCACCAAGAUCAGCACCGUCAAUCCCUACACUGUCCUCGAGUCCUCCAUAUAUGCCGCGCUCACAGAGGCCUUUGUCCAGCAAGCCGCGUCGAUGAACAUCACUAGGGUAUCGGCCGUAUCGCCGUUCGAGUACUGCUUCAGCUCGGCGGGCGUGACGAGCACGCGUGUCGGGCCGGGGGUACCGUACAUCUUCUUGGUCUUGCAGGGCGAGGAGGCCGUGUGGACGAUCACCGGGUCGAACUCGAUGGUGGAGGUGAGCGAGGAUGUGCUGUGCCUAGGGUUCGUGGACGGAGGGUCGAGGCCGAGGACCUCGGUCGUGAUCGGAGGGUACCAGCUGCAGGACAAUCUGGUUCAGUUCGACCUGGCGAGUUCGAGGCUAGGGUUCAGCUCGACGCUGCUCGGAAGGCAGACUACGUGCGCCAACUUCAACUUCACCAGCAGUGCAUGAAAAUUACUAUGAGUUGUAUUAGCUCGUGCAUUAUGUUGCACGUGAUUUAAAUUUUCUACUUGGAAUAAUAAGUGGCCUCGGGAUAUAUAAUUUGCAAUAAAUUGAGCCGAAAAUGUUUCUGGGUUUCUUUUUUUUUUUUCUUAAAUGGGUGAGAUCGCCCUUGUAAAGAUGCUUGAACAUCGAAGAAUGAAAAUUUUAUAAUAUGAAUAAUGCUUGAUGUACCAAAA